AUGGAUCUAAAUCUGAAAGAUGGUGACUUUUGGUACAGUCUCCAUGGCCAAGUCCCAGGUCUGCUGGACUGGAACAUGGGGAAUAAGUUCUUCCUGAGUUGUACCAUAGAUCAGUGCCCUUUAGCUGAGCAGAGCCUUGCCAAACACAAAAUUCAGGUAACAAAAUCACCAGCCCUGCGCCAGGAGAGGAAACCCAAUUGUGACGACGAUGAUCCUCCCAUUGAACCCAGCCUGUGGAUGUGGGUGAACCCCAACGUUGUGUGCCCCCUCAGCAAAACAGAGGCUCCACAUUGAAGUAGUAAGAAUUUGCCAAGCAUGCUACUCCCAAAGGAUGAAGAAACUGACUUCUUAGAGGUUCAGGGAGUGGUGGAAUCCCUACCAGUUUCUACCAGCGAGCAGUGUCCACAACCAAAGCAGUUCACCUUCUCCAAUGACUCAGAUUUUGCAGAGGCAGCGGCUGAGGAACAAGAGGACACAUCCUCUCAGGAAAAGGACUGUUCCAAGAAGCCAACACUGUACAACUACAGCCAUGUAGUUUCGCUAGCAUUAAGAAACCACCCUUCAUCUGGCCUCAAUGUACAACAGAUCUACAGUUUUACUCUACUACAUUUCCCUUACUUCUGGACAGCACCAGAGGGCUGGAAAAGCACCAUUCACCACAGCCUCUGCUCCCUGACCUGCUUUGAAAAGGUAACAAUCAUGCUUGAAAAUGGAUUGGAUGGAAAGCCUCGCUCUUGCCUCUGGAAGCUCACUGAGGAAGGAUACUGCUUCUUUGAGAACACUCAUGCCUUGGCCUUUUCUCGGAAGGAGAGAAUCCGACAGUGCAUGCUCCAACCAGAACUGAUGGACCUCCUCUUUCAACUUUAA